AUGCAGCUGUUUGUCAUCCAGCAGAGAUUGUCAGUAAAGGGGUAUUCUGGAAAACAGAACAGUGUCUUUUUUUUUUUUUUGUCACCAAGUUCAAUUGAUGAUCCAGAAGUUUGGAAACAUUAUAACGUAUCAUAUUUGCUUUACUUUUCAGUGCAACAGAAUGGAAUUCGGCAUUGUGCUUAUGUAGCUUCCCGGAAACAUCUCUACGUUGAUAAAAAUACAAAGGUUAUUUGUCAGGGUUUCACUGGUAAGCAGGGCACCUUUCACAGCCAGCAGGCCUUGGAGUAUGGCACCAAACUCGUCGGAGGAACCACUCCAGGGAAAGGAGGCAAGACGCACCUGGGCUUACCGGUCUUUAAUACUGUAAAGGAGGCCAAAGCACAGACAGGAGCGACAGCAUCUGUCAUUUAUGUCCCUCCUCCUUUCGCUGCUGCUGCCAUUGAUGAAGCUGUUGAGGCGGAAAUGCCCUUGGUCGUGUGCAUUACUGAAGGUAUCCCACAGCAGGACAUGGUACGGGUCAAACACAAAAUACUGCGCCAGGGAAAGACAAGGCUGAUCGGGCCAAACUGCCCCGGAGUCAUCAAUCCUGGAGAAUGUAAAAUUGGUAUCAUGCCUGGCCAUAUUCACAAGAAAGGAAGAAUUGGUAUUGUGUCCAGAUCUGGCACCCUGACUUAUGAAGCAGUUCACCAAACAACACAAGUUGGACUGGGGCAGUCUUUGUGCAUUGGCAUUGGAGGUGAUCCUUUUAAUGGAACAGAUUUUAUCGACUGCCUGGAAGUCUUUCUGAAUGACCCAGCCACAGAAGGCAUCAUCCUGAUUGGUGAAAUCGGUGGUAAUGCAGAAGAAAACGCUGCAGAAUUUUUGAAACAGCAUAAUUCAGGCCCCAAAGCCAAGCCUGUGGUGUCCUUCAUUGCUGGCUUAACGGCUCCUCCCGGCAGGAGAAUGGGUCACGCAGGCGCCAUUAUUGCUGGAGGGAAAGGUGGCGCAAAGGAGAAGAUCUCUGCCCUUCAGAGCGCAGGGGUUGUGGUCAGCAUGUCGCCUGCACAGCUGGGAAACACCAUCUACAAGGAGUUUGAAAAGAGGAAGAUGCUAUGAAAGGGAAAACAGGAAGUGCCCUAAGCCUGCGGAAUGAAUCAUUGUGCAAAGUGAGCCAGUGGCAGUGGCUUCUGUUGUGCACUGCCAGCCUGCGCCUGUCCCUGGGCUCCACGCAGCGGAAGCCAAAACAGAAACAAGGCUUCGAAAGUUCUGUACUGAGAUGUCCUCACCUCGUGUAACGGAGACAGCCAAUAAAUCUACCAUUUGAUCUGAA